CUGCGCAGUGGGCAGGGCGCUGGUGUGACCGAGCGCACGUAGCGAGGGCUGCGGCCGCCCUUUCCCCGGCGCGCCGGCGCGGCCCGGGGCUUAUAAAAGGGCCGACGGGCUCCCUCUGCCGCCCAGUGGCACGGCUAGCAGCAGGCUCCGGGUAGCGGCGAGGUAGCGGCCCGAGCGCAGGCGACAGGACCCGACAGGACCCCGCCGCACCCGAGCUGUCGCCGCCCGCACGGCCCGCUCUCCAGGUGUGUGACUCUGUGAAGUCUUCCAAGAUGAUCUGGUGUGUUUUAAUGAUAGGGAUUCUACUUCCUCAGUCUUCAGCCCACCCAGGCUUUUUUACUUCAAUUGGUCAGAUGACUGAUUUGAUCCAUACUGAGAAAGACCUGGUGACAUCACUAAAAGAUUAUAUCAAAGCCGAAGAGGACAAGUUAGAGCAAAUCAAGAAAUGGGCGGAGAAGUUAGACCGACUAACCAACACAGCAACAAAAGAUCCAGAAGGGUUUGUUGGGCAUCCUGUAAAUGCAUUCAAGUUAAUGAAACGUCUGAACACUGAGUGGAGUGAGUUGGAGAAUCUGGUCCUCAAGGAUAUGUCAGAUGGCUUUAUCUCUAACCUGACCAUUCAGAGACAGUACUUCCCUAAUGAUGAAGAUCAGGUUGGGGCCGCUAAAGCUCUGUUUCGUCUGCAAGACACCUACAAUCUGGACACAGACACCAUCUCAAAGGGCAAUCUUCCAGGAGUGCAACACAAGUCUUUCCUAACAGCUGAGGACUGCUUUGAGUUGGGCAAAGUGGCCUACACAGAAGCAGAUUACUACCACACGGAGUUGUGGAUGGAACAAGCUCUAAUGCAGUUGGAGGAAGGCGAGGUUUCUGCCUUGGAUAAAGUCUCUGUUCUAGAUUAUCUGAGCUAUGCCGUCUACCAGCAGGGAGACCUGGAUAAGGCACUUUUGCUCACAAAGAAGCUUCUUGAACUAGAUCCUGAACAUCAGAGAGCUAAUGGUAACUUAAGAUAUUUUGAGUAUAUUAUGACUAAAGAAAAAGAUACCAACAAGUCUUCUUCAGAUGACCAAUCUGAUCAGAAAACUACACCAAGGAAAAAAGGGAUUGCUGUGGAUUAUCUGCCAGAGAGAAAGAAGUACGAAAUGCUGUGCCGUGGGGAGGGUGUCAAAAUGACUCCUCGGAGACAGAAAAAGCUGUUCUGCCGCUACCACGAUGGAAACCGGAAUCCUAAAUUUAUUCUGGCUCCGGCCAAACAAGAGGAUGAGUGGGACAAACCUCGUAUUAUUCGCUUCCACGAUAUUAUUUCUGAUGCAGAGAUUGAAAUUGUCAAAGACUUAGCAAAACCAAGGCUGAGGCGAGCCACCAUUUCAAACCCAAUAACAGGAGACUUGGAGACGGUACAUUACAGAAUUAGCAAAAGUGCUUGGCUGGCUGGCUAUGAAGACCCUGUGGUGUCUAGAAUUAACAUGAGAAUACAAGAUCUCACAGGACUAGAUGUUUCCACAGCAGAGGAAUUACAGGUCGCAAAUUAUGGAGUUGGAGGACAGUAUGAACCCCAUUUUGACUUUGCACGGAAAGAUGAGCCGGAUGCUUUCAGAGAGCUUGGGACAGGAAAUAGAAUUGCUACGUGGCUGUUCUAUAUGAGUGAUGUGUCUGCUGGAGGAGCUACUGUUUUUCCUGAAGUAGGAGCUAGUGUUUGGCCCAAAAAAGGCACCGCUGUCUUCUGGUAUAAUCUGUUUGCCAGUGGAGAAGGAGAUUACAGCACACGCCAUGCAGCCUGUCCCGUGCUAGUUGGAAACAAAUGGGUAUCCAACAAAUGGCUGCAUGAACGUGGACAAGAAUUUCGAAGGCCGUGCACCCUGUCAGAAUUGGAAUGAUAGACAGGCUCCCCUCGCUCCUGAUGUCCUCUAACAUGCCUGGCACAAUUGCUGACUAGAACUUUCUGAAGUUUACAGCUGACUAACACUCCAUGAUUCAUUCGGUCAUGAACUUCAUCCCGUGUUUUGUCGGUGGACAAUCACUUAUUUUGUGGGGGUUUUUGUUUUUUAAUUAACACUCAAUCACCACAUUAUGUAAAAUUUUACAGUUCAGUUAUCACAGGGUACAGGACAUUUAAAAUGAGGAAUCAUAAUUGUUGUUUAAGAGCAUUUUGGUUAGAUUUAAAAAACAAAACAUCCAAUUGUAGAUUUUCCACAUCUCAGUAGAUGGUGGGCCAAGCGAGGCUGUACAUGGGGUACAGAUGCUUGUACCCCGCUUUUCUUUGCUGGGUUGCUGAGCACUAGUAAUCAACUAGGACCCUAGUCUGGGUCCUCAGGGGCUUACCUCCAUCUAUUAUUCCACAUUCAUACUUCUUACUGGUUAAAGAAACCAUAUUUUCUAACAAAUCCCCCUCCUCACCAGUGGUGAAUUGAGCUGGUUAGAGAAAAUUACUUUGUUGAAAAAGUUCUGCAUAGCAGACCUGGCCUCACAAUUUAAAAUGCUCAGACUUCGGCUUGUUCUUCAAUGACUGAUAGUGUCCAGAGACUUGCUGUUCCAUGUGCCAGCACCCUGCCUUGUGUCCUAUUACAGCGGCUGGUGAUGUUGGAGUUCUGAUUCAGUACUGUGCCUUAAGACUGGGAGUUAAAAUAUACAGGCCCUUGUAACGACGAGUGAGGGAGUGGAUUUUAAAGAGAAAUCUGUUUUAUAAAAA